ACCCGGACCAGUAACCAGCCGGUCCCAUUUAUUACAAAUGCGUUAUCUUACUACGAUACGCCGGAGUGCACCGAGUAUUUUCCCCUCUCAGCCGACAGAGUUUUUGUCCUUUUCUCUCCCGCAACGCGCCCUUGAAUAGUUCGUCCCACGUCUUCUCGCUCUUCGAUGUCCGAAGAAAUUGUCAUUUCCUGAAAUCUAGAGGAAUUUUGAAGGAAUCCGGAGCAAAUGCGAUUUCAAAAGCUUAGAGAAUUUUAAAUUUGCUUGAAUUUUGGAAAACGAAGACUCUGAAAUUCAGCUGCUUUGAUCUGCUUCGACCAUAGGGUUUUAGUGGUGGUGGUGCUGGGGGCGGAAGCUGUGGUGGUGUGGGAAACCGAUGUUGAUCAAACAUGCCGAGCAUUAGAGCUCCGGCGACGAAGAAAACUACAACACUCACGGUUGCUGUGAAAUGCAGGCCGUUUAGGCUGAGAGAGCGCGGCCGCGACAUUGUUCGAGUGAUUGACAAUAAGGAGGUGCUUGUGUUAGAUCCUGAUCUGUCAAAGAACUACCUUGAACGAAUACAGAAUCGAACAAAGGAAAAGAAGUAUUGUUUUGAUCAUGCGUUUGACCCGGUUUCUUCUAAUUUGGAUGUCUACACAAAAUGCAUAUCUUCCGUGAUCUCUGGGGUUGUUCAUGGUCUCAAUGCAACUGUGUUUGCAUACGGUUCUACCGGGAGUGGUAAAACUUAUACGAUGGUCGGGACACAGGAUGAUCCAGGACUCAUGGUUCUCAGUCUGCAUACAAUUUUUGAUCUAAUAAGGAAGGACAAGAGCUCUGAUGAAUUUGAAGUUACCUGUUCCUAUCUUGAAGUCUACAAUGAGGUCAUCUAUGAUUUGCUUGAAAAGUCAUCCGGCUAUUUGGAACUCAGAGAGGACCCAGAGCAAGGAGUAAUUGUUGCUGGGCUGAGGUGUAUCAAGGUACAAUCAGCGGAUAAGAUUCUUGAACUCUUAAACUUGGGGAAUAGCCGACGGAAAACUGAAAGUACAGAGGCUAAUACAACAUCGUCUAGAUCACAUGCAGUGCUGGAAAUAAAAGUAAAAAGGAAACAGAGAAAUAAGUACCGUAAUCAAGUAAUGCGAGGAAAACUCGCACUUGUGGAUCUUGCUGGUAGCGAACGAGCUUCGGAAACAAACAGUGGAGGCCAAAAGUUAAGGGAUGGAGCAAAUAUUAACCGUUCACUUCUUGCCUUAGCAAACUGCAUAAAUGCACUUGGGAAACAGCAAAAGAAGGGUCUUGCUUAUGUUCCUUACCGUAAUAGCAAAUUGACACGAAUACUCAAGGAUGGUUUGAGUGGCAAUUCUCAAAUGAUCAUGGUUGCAACUGUAUCCCCUGUGGACAGUCAGUAUCAUCACACUGUGAAUACCUUGAAAUAUGCUGAUCGAGCAAAGGAAAUAAAGACACACAUCCAGAAAAACAUUGGCACUAUUGAUACCCAUGUAUUAGACUACCAGCAAAUGAUUGCCAGUCUUCAGAUUGAGGUUUGUCAAUUGAGAAAGGAACUAGCUGAAAAGGAAUCACAGCUAAGUGUCAAACCUGUUGAAAAUGCUGCAGACGAUGAACUUUCUUGGUUGAAUAUUUUGAGCCAUGAAACCAGUGAAAAUGUUCAGGAAAGGAUAAACUUACAGAAGGCAUCAUUUGAGCUUGAGGAAACCAACCUUCGUAACCGGAUUGAACUCCAACAUCUUGACGAUGCUAUAGCAAAACAACAGGCUAUUGGAAAUGAUAGUGAAAUUUUAGAGGCCAUGAGAACAAGGCGGCAAGUUAUUUUGGAUAACAUCCGUGACAAUGAUGAAGCUGGUGUUAAUUACCAUAUGGAAAUCGAAGCAAAUGAGAAGCAUCGAUGCCAUCUUCAAAAUAUGAUUGAGGAGGCCAUUAGUAACAAUGGAAAUAAAACGUACUUGCGUAUUCUUAGUCAAUACAGGCUCUUGGGAAUGGCAAAUACUGAGCUUCAAUUUGAAAUGGCAAUGAGGGAUCAAGUGAUUAACAGCCAGCGGGAAGCACUGAGAAACAUGUGGGACUUGCUUAUGGGGUUAGGACUUGAUGAGAGACAGAUCAUGGACCUUGCAUCUAUGAAGGGAAUAACAAUAGAAGAAGACUCUACAACGGCACCCCAUCUGGGCCUUUCUGUUAGGGAGCAAUCAUCAGAUUUGGAUUCGAGAAAAUAUGCUUCUUUUGGUCCUUGUCGUGGCAUGGGGCAUUCAUAUUCUAGACCAUCUUCCACCUUUCAGCAGUCUCAAGAGUUAGGUCUGAGGUCAUUUCCCCAGGGGCAUUUGGAUUUGACUCCGUCCUUUUGCAGAGAGGAACAUCACAGUUCAUAUUACUUACUGUCACAUGACCAUUCUCCUUCAGCCUGUAUGUGUACAAGGACAAGUAUUGAGCACUGGGUUGGUGGAAGGUCAAGUUCGUGGUUUGGAACUAUGGAUAAACAUCCUCAAGAUUUGCGAAAAUCAUAUCCAGUGAGACAGAACUGAAGCUUCAGCAGAUAGUGUAAUCUGUAUACCAGCGGCAUCUCUUGGUAUUGAUUUUACCAAACAGAACAAGGUAUUUGCACACGAUUAUCCUGGUGGAGUGCUUGUUAGCCAAGUAGAUUUAUAUGUAGGCCAUGUGGUACAACUCAAGGUACGCGUAUAGCCCAUUCAAACAAGAUCAAAAUACUGAAAGUCUAAACCUUCCAACUGCUCAGAUUUAUCCCACGUUCUUUUGGUUCUGAUAACCCUGACACCCAGGCCUCCCUUCUAAUAUUCGGUAGCCUCCUUGUAUUUAGGUUUUACCCCUUAUCUGCCCUUAUUGUUUUUGUCUGCCAUCUUCUUCCCUGCAUGUACGCGUGUGUAGUAGAGUUACGGUCUCUGUAAGGUUAACUUGGCAGGUGAUUUUACUGACUGUAUGCAAAGAGAUGGGGGUUUUGGAUAGGAGGAAGAAGAGAAACGAAAGGGGUCAGUUAAAAUAGGUAUGUCUGAGUCUUCUGACACUCCGACUCGCGGAAUGUGGUUCUUGUGCUGUGUACAUAUGUUAUGAACAUGCCCGGCUGAUUAUCAAACUUAUUACUACUUUGCUGUGUACUAAUUAGUUCGUUUGUUCAAAAUUGGAAGUACUUUUGUAUGAGUGAAAAAGUGCGCAGCUUACUUUUAAAGUGAAUCCUUUUCUUUUUCGGA